UUAUUAAAGCAAGGCCUUCUUGCUCUGUCCCCUCUCUCUCUCUCUCUCUCUCUCUCUCUCUCUCUCCAAUUCGUUCAUUUCUGGCUUCGGAUCUGAUUAUCCCCAGGUCUCAAUUAUGGCUGAGAAGGUUACAACAAUGGUGCUGAAGGUGGACCUUCAGUGUCCUAGUUGCUACAGGAAGAUCAAGAAAGUUCUUGCCAAAUUUCCCCAAAUUCGAAGCCAGGCUUACGACGAGAAGCAGAAUACGGUGACGAUCACUAUAGUAUGCUGCAGCCCGGAGAAGAUUCGUGACAAGUUGUGUUGCAAAGGUGGGAAAACAAUCGAGAGCAUUGAGAUCAAACAUCCCCCUCCCCCCCCGCCCCCUCCCCCUGUUAAUGUAUCGGUUCUGAUCUACCCGUUGUAG